AUGCUUUGCCUCUCAGUACCCAUCAGCUGCCUCGGGAGUCCUACAAGCCAACUAAGCCCUGUAGGACUCCUUCUUCAGCUGGAGAGCAUCCCUUACAGCUCCUCACAGCUGUGUCAACAAUGGAAUCGGAGAACAUGGACAACUUGGUCUCAAUGUCUCCAGCCUCCCUUGGGAUCUGGUCAAAGCUCUUUAGAAGGUGUGUUUGGUGAUACAGUGAAGUCAGUACCGGUGAUGGAGGGAGAUUCAGUCACUUUACACACCGAUACUCAACUUCAGGCAGAUGAAGAUAUUAAGUGGCUGUUUGGACCUAAUACUUUUCUCAUUGCUGAGAUCAUCAAUGGGACUGUAAGCUUCUCCACACAUGAUAUUUCUGAGGGAUUCAGAGACAGACUGAAGCUGGACAAUAGCACCGGAUCACUUACGAUCACAAAGAUCAGAAACACAGACGCUGGAGUUUAUGAGUUAAGCGGAAGAAACGUCCCCAAAUUCAAUAUUUCUGUUUAUGCUCGUCUGCCUGUUCCUGUCAUCAGCAGAGACUCUCCAUUAAAUCUUUCAUCAUCCUCAUCAGCAUCCACAUGUGUGUUGCUGUGUUCAGUGGUUAAUGUGAGUGCCGUGAGACUCUCCUGGUAUAAAGGAAACAGUUUAUUGUCCAGCAUCAGUGUGUCGGGGCACAGAAUCAGUCACUUUUUACAACUGGACUGUCUAAACGGUUCUUACAGCUGUGUGGUGGCUUAUUCAUUCACCAACCGGACUACACAUCUCACCAACCCCGAACUCUGUCAAGUGUGCCCAAACUCUCUGAUCAUGCUGAUUUCUGCUGCUGCUGCUGGAUUUCUGUUGUUUCUGGUAGUUGCGAUCGGGAUUUUCUGGAUCUGCAGGAAAUCUAGAAAAGCACAUGAAGAAGGCAAGCGUUACCUACUGUUCAUCCAUCUGUAA